AAAAAUAACACACAAAUCUAUAAUAAUCUAUAGACAUUCUUUUACAAAUAUUUAAAAAAAGGAAGAGCAAAAGACGGAAUGGACUUAAAAUAUUUUCUUCUUAACGGACAUAUUUUGAUUUUACUAGCACACGUGAUUUUUGGCGGUGAUCCGACAUGUCCGAGCAACAUCAAGACGUGUUACAACUGCGCCGUUGUACCAGGUUGUGCACAAAAUGAAUACAAUAACAUUUCCGAGGAGGAUUGCCUGCUAGAGCUCACAAAUCAUGUAACUAUAUGGUCGGUAGAAUAUGUCUAUUCAACGGGAUAUUGUCGACAGAGCAAUUGCGGAGAUAUUGAAAUUGAAUACAAAGCUGGAUCGGUUAUUCAUCGAAAAACUUGUGACACUUCCGCAUGUGCAGAUUACACGCUCACUAAAACAAACUAUACUACGGUAUCAGCAUUGGAAACCACUUUCUUUAGUGAUAACGGCCCAAAAAUGAGGGAAUGUUUGGCUCACUGUCUGUUAAGCAGCUCGGGAUGUACAAUAUCGUAUGAAUCUGUCGACAAAGUGUGUAAUGUGUACACCGAUUGUCAGAAUAAUUGUAGUAUGGAACCAGCCACAGAAACUUUUAGCGUUUAUAAGAAGUAUUGCGGAAACCAGCUUACAGGUACGAUGUCUACAGCAAUGACUACACCAACGACGCCAACAACAACGAAAGCGAUUACAUCACCAACACCAUCAUCAUCACCAUCGUCUCCAUCAUCAUCACCAUCAUCUCCAUCAUCACCAUCAUCAUCAUCGUCGUCGCCAUCAUCAUCAUCAUCAUCAUCAACUUCACCAACAACAGCUUCGUCGGUAACAACACCAACAUCAAAGACCACAUCGACAGCUUCGUUGACCACAACAAGUAUACGUGCCCCAUUACCAAAGCUGUUUAUUGCACCGUGUAUUUGCUACUUUAAUAAAACAUUUGUUAACAUGACGAAAGAAGAAAUUAUCACACUACUUGUAAACGAUAUUAAAAUUGACGAAAAAUCAACUUCACUUCAACAAUCAAAGUCAAAGUGUGCCUCUGACUUAAGAACUUCCUCAAAAGUAAUGGGAAGUGUAGCUAUAAUAGUCCUAUGUUCUUUAGGAAGUUUUGUGUUAUGUCUGGAUUUACUUACCUUAGGAAAAAGGCUACGGCCAAAGAUAAAAGGCAAGCGUAGCAAACCGUCUCGAAAAAAGAAAACAUAGGUUAACAUUUUGUUUGUAGGUUGUUUGGUAGUAAUAAGGUCAUUGCUAAUAUAUAAUAUGUGUUUGAAAAGAAAAACGAUUGUAUAAAUGAUAACUUAAUAAUUUAUUGCUUCUUUUGCAUACAAUACGGUGUAUUGAUCAUUUAUAUUAGUUGAAAAUGACGUCAUUCUAGCGCCUAGAAUGAUUAAUUGAGCACUGAUGUAAACACAAUACAAUCCAGUCUAAUGACGUAAGUUUUGUAUUGUUGAAAACUUGAUAAAAUAACUUUUUUUCUUAUUAUUUGUUUUGCUUAAGCUUAUCUUAGCAACAGCAGGUUGCGAAUUCAAACAGGGUUGUACGAAAAUCGACAUAAGUAGUCUCCGUUGAAAAAAUAGCAUAAGUGAUCUUCUCCUCAUUUUUCUUUAUUGGCCUUAGGGCCUUCGUGCUUAAUUUCUACUCAUUAAAACUCCAAACCGGUGUUUAAUAGUCGAUAAACACCGAUCGGACCGAUAUUAUGUUUUUAAUUUUGAUAUUCCGGAACAUUUGACAUUCUCUUUAUUUUAAUACUUUGAAAAGUUAUAAAUUUAAAAAAUAGGUAAUCUUAAGCAUUGUGCCAUUUUAUUACACUUGACAUAUAUAAUUAAAUGUCAAUACAUUUGACUAUUUUUCUUUAAUUUGUUAUUUCAAACAUUUGAUAUUUCAAUGUAUUUGACAAUUCAAAACAGUGAAAUUUUAACACACCAUUGGUAUGUCAUGUUGUAUGUAUGAAUUAGAGCGUUUAUCAUUUUCUCUGCUAUGUAUUUUGUAUUCUAAAAUAGGAUAACGAUAUAUUUCUCCUCUUGCACUUUUGUUCAUAUGUUUAAAUAUGUAGAAGCAAAUCCAGUCUUUGCAGCCAGGAGAGGGGGUCUCUAAAAUAUUUAUAUGACAAACAUGUACCUAAAUGUUUAUAUUAAUUACGCAUUUCUAGGAAAAUCAACAGCAGGUUUUGUUUAUAUGAC